AAAUUUUCAUGAGAAAUCCUUCGCGCUUCCUUAGAUACUGAAGACUGGAAGCAACAGCACCCAGCGGCCUUUUAUAUACUUCCAGCUCUCCCUCUUGUAAACGAUAGCCCGUUUCGCAUAUCACCAUGACAAACGAUAGUGAAGACCAUGGUCAAAACGGCACCGGGAGACCAGGGAUGGCGCCCCGCGGCCCAAGCAGCCCACCAAACGAAGAAAAGAACCCCAUCGAUGCAUCUCAACGGCCCUUAUUCCUAGGAACCAAGAGAAGACUCCCCGAAUUCAUCCUCACCGACAAAGUCGUCCUUGUUUCCGGAGCCGCAAGGGGCCUCGGUCUGACCCAGGCGGAGGCCUUGUUGGAAGCGGGCGCUACUGUUUAUGCGCUCGACAGGCUUGAGGAGCCAUCACCAGACUUCUAUCGUAUCCAGAAGCGAGCCAUAGAGGAGCUCGGAACGAAAUUGCAUUAUCGCCAGAUCGAUGUGCGCAAUGCAGAGGAGCUCAACAAAAUUGUCGAAGACAUCGCCAAUGAACAGGGCCGUCUGGAUGGCUUGAUCGCAGCCGCCGGCAUCCAACAGGAGACACCCGCGUUGGAAUACACAGCCAAGGACGCCAACACAAUGUUCGAGGUGAACAUCACGGGCGUAUUUAUGACUGCUCAGGCGGUUGCAAAACAGAUGAUUCGGUUCGGAAACGGCGGAAGCAUUGUCAUGAUCGCAAGCAUGAGCGGCACGGUUGCGAACAGAGGUUUGAUUUGUCCGGCGUACAACGCGAGCAAGGCUGGCGUGAUCCAGCUGGGUCGAAACCUUGCCGCCGAAUGGGGUGUGCACGGAAUUCGUGUCAACACGAUAUCCCCCGGCUAUAUCGUCACUGCUAUGGUCGAACAACUCUUCCUUGAAUAUCCAGAACGCAAGACCCAGUGGCCCAAGGAAAAUAUGCUUGGUCGGCUGAGCAACCCGGCCGAAUAUCGGGGCGCAGCCGUAUUUUUAAUCAGCGAUGCAAGCAGUUUCAUGACUGGGAGUGACUUGAGAAUCGAUGGGGGACAUGCUGCAUGGUGA